AUGGGGUCAAAUCCCAUAAACCAGAGUCAUGGCAGACAGCUCACCUUCUCCACCCAAACAUUGAUUUUUGGAGACUGUCUUGGCAGGGGAGCAUUUGGCUCUGUCUACAAGGCACUGAAUCUGCAGACUGGACAAGCAGUUGCUGUAAAGCAGAUAAAACUUACAAAUAUUCCCAACUCGGAGCUUGACGUUAUCAUGAUGGAAAUUGAUCUAUUGAGUAAUCUAAAUCAUCCCAACAUUGUCAAAUACAUUGGUUCGGUCAAAAACGAUGACAAUUUGUAUAUUAUUCUGGAAUUUUGCGAGAAUGGCUCUCUUCAUACCAUGUGCAAAAAGUUUGGCAAGUUUCCCGAAGACUUGAUUGCACGUUACAUCGGUCAAGUGCUUCAAGGCUUAAUAUAUCUUCACGACCAAGGUGUAAUCCAUCGUGACAUCAAAGGAGCAAAUAUUCUCACCACUACGGAAGGUACCGUCAAAUUAGCCGAUUUCGGUGUUGCCACCAAGACCAGCGCGCUCAACGAUUAUGCUGCAGUUGGCUCACCAUAUUGGAUGGCACCUGAAAUAAUCGAAUUAUCCGGGGCGACGACUGCAUCGGACAUAUGGAGUGUAGGUUGUGUGGUAAUCGAAUUGCUCGAAGGAAAGCCACCCUAUUAUUAUCUAGAGCCAUAUCCCGCCCUCUUCAGAAUGGUACAAGAUGAGCAUCCUCCACUACCAGAGAGUGCUUCGCCGGCUGUUAAGGACUUUUUAAAGCAAUGUUUUCAAAAGGAUGCUAACUUGCGUGUUUCUGCCAAGAAACUACUCAAACAUUCAUGGAUUGCCAAUGCGAACAAGAAAUACACUGACAGCAUGCGCCAGAUCAUAACGCAACCUGGUUACUAUGAGGAUGUGCAACGUGUGCAGGAAUGGAAUGAACUCAUUCAAUCUCCAUCCGAUUCACAUGAACCCGUAUUAGUAACGAGACCACGAGCCGAUUCAUUUCCUUCGAAGCUACCAUUAUCACCUUUUCUAAAUCAGCACUACAACAAUCAAAACCUCGCUGUUACCGGUUCAUCGACUUCUAUGCAAUCUUUAUCUGACUACGACUCGGAUGAAUGGGGAACAAGUAUACCAUCUCGUCGAAAUAGGAGAAAAAUAAUGGAGCCAGAGCCUGAGGGUGAGGAGAAUUGGGAUGAUGUCCAAUUUGAUUCGAUGAUGAUGAAUAAAAUGUUCGGGAGGAGCGAGCCACUUGACUAUGUUGGAACUAUUGAGGAAGAAGUUGAGUACGAGGAUGACAACCGCACUAUUCGAGUAUCUGGCUUUGCACCACAGCAAGAACAGGUCUUUACAGGGAGUGGAUCGAAUAAAGGUAAAGAAAGAGCUGACGAUAGUCAGCCUGAAUCAUCGUCUAUGCAAAGAACGUUGAUCGAAGGCCAUUCUCGACCAAGAGCACGUUCGCAACAGCACCGCAAGAGGCGAUCAUGGCUAGGUAGAAAGCACGAAUACGGUAAAAAGUUGUCUGGUAGGCCGACGUCAGCCCCGGUUUCAUCGGCUUCCAACGAUCUUCCCGCAAACAUGAAAGACCCCUUUUCGCAACCUAUCUUCCCGGAUGGGCAUACAAUAAUCCUCCUCGAGAAGCCUCUGCCGCCACUCCCACCCAUCAAAGUAAUUCAACCCCCACCUCAGUCAUCAGAUGAGUCUCAUUAUGUAACACCACCAAUAUCUCCCCCCAUGUCGCCAAUUAUUGAAAACCAAACGACUGCAAUCCCCAAUAUUACGGCAGAACCAUCUGGUUCACGAAGUUCACAAAAGCUUCGUUUGUAUCAAGAAGUUGAUGAAGACUCCUAUGACGAUGCUUUUCGAGAUGAUCAAAAUCUCAAAUUAAACAUGCAACAUUCGAACAAGAGUUGGUUGAGAGAUGAUCUUAGUGACGAGGAUGAUCCUUUUAUGGAAAUUAGCGAGGAAUUUGGAGAAAUGGAUCUCAAGGCUAAUAUCGCAAGAGAUAAAUACGCGAGGGCGUGUUCUCAACUUGCUGUGUUAAUAAAUCAGUUGCAACCAAUUACCGCAGAGGACAGUUUGCUCAACAGUUGUAUUCAGUUGAUGGAUCUGUUAACAGAGUAUAAAGAACUGAAGAAUCACUUGAUAAUAGUUCAUGGAGUAAUCCCAAUAUUAGAGACACUCGAAUUAUGUUCGUCUGAGCGCGUUGUGGUGAGGCUGCUGAAGAUUGUUAACUUUAUUAUCGAAGAUAAUAAGAACUUGCGAGAGAAGCUGUGUGUAGUUGGAGGUGUUCCCGUUAUCAUGAACUUUGCUUCGAGGCCUUACUCGUACGAAAUAAGACGAGAAGCUGCUAUAUUUAUCAAACGAAUGUGCUAUACAUCGACACUGACUCUACAAAUGUUUAUUUCUUGUCGAGGAUUAAAAAAGUUGGUGGGCUUUCUAAACGAGGCUUACGAACAACACAAGGAAUUAGUAUGGAUUGGUGUCAAUUGUGUUUGGAAUGUAUUCCAGCUGCCGGGGCCAACAACAAAGAACGACUUUUGUAGAUUAUUCGCCAAGAGUUCGCUGCUCGAUCCAUUAUCGGUGACUCUAGAACACGCCCUUUAUGAUUCCAACCCUUCAGUGACGAAAUAUAUUGAUCGGAUUGUAAAUAUCUUCCUAUUAUUCUCACAAACCGAAGCUGAAUCAAUGGUUAAUGGCAGAGUGAUUUCUCGAUUAUUCGAUAUUUUGAAUAAACUACCGCCUAAUCUACACGUAGUUAUGUUAAAGUGUAUUAAGAAUCUUUCUAUGAAUUCUAAUACUCUUGAAGCAUUGGAGAAUGUCGACGCUAUCGAAGUGCUUACAGAAAUACUGGUUAAAAGCGCUCCCACCUACUCACCGGAAAUAUCCAACCAAGUACUCAAUACAAUGUACAAUUUAUGCAGAAUAAACAAGACCAGGCAAGAGAAAGGAGCCAGAGCUGGUAUAGUGCCUCAUCUAAUGUAUUUCGUCGAGAAGCGGAUGACACUUAAGCAGUUUGCACUUCCAAUACUGUUUGAUAUGGCACAUGCAGGCAGAACAUGCCGUAACAUAUUGUGGCAGCACAAUGGACUUCACUUUUAUCUAUCAUUGUUGACCGAUCCAUAUUGGCAAGUUAAUGCAAUGGAGUCUAUAUUGACAUGGCUGCAAGAAGAGCCAGCAAGAGUGGAGCCAAUACUACUGGAACGGAAAAGCUACGAGUUUAUAAUAAGAGCGUUCAUCGGUGCCAAGGCUAAUUCAUUUGAGAAUAUACUAGAACCAUUGUAUAUGAUCACACGCCUAUCUAAUCAAUUAACAAUUGCAUUAGCCAGGCCAAACUUCUUUCGUCAUCUUCUUAAUCGUUUGAAUCAUCCGAAAGCCGUUGCACGAGUUAAUUUGCUGAGAAUAUUAAAGACAAUAUGUGAAGCUGAUCAUUCAGUAGUAGCCAAAUAUGGACUUUUCGACGUGGUAACAAGAGUAAGCCAAGAAGAUGGCUCCAUGUUAGUCAGAGAGCUCGCAAGAGAAGUGCUCGAACAAGCGUAUUUCGUCCCUUCAGCGACAACCUCUCGUUCGUCCUUGAUUCCUACUACGCCUGCACCCGAAACCAUUAAAGAGGAGGAUGAACAACAGGGAAAUAUUGGAAUUGGUGGAGCUAGCGUAGUGGAAAACACGCAGACGGAAAGUCUUUCUCCUACUGAUAACACUCUUCGUCGCCAUCGACCAUCUACAUCUUCACUCUCCCCUCUCCCGCAGCGUCAACAGUUUCCCCGUCGUCCAUUAUCGUCACCAUCAACCUUAACGCCAGAGAUUACCCGUCUUAUAUAUUCUCCGCGACCACCAUCCCCUAGACCACGGCCAACUUCUAUGUCAUCAAGGAGAACAGCAGCAAGUGGGAAUAUAGCUACCUCUACAAAUUCCUCAACGACCUCGGUUGAUUUUCCAUACGAGAGUAUUAGAAAGAGACAAGACAGUCGGACAAUUAAAAAAUUAACUCUGCAGAAAUCCUUUGAACUGCAGAAGCUCAGUGGUCAAAAUAACGAUACUGAAAUUGAGGCCGAGGGUGACACCGAGGGUGCAGAUGUUGUUAAUAAGAUGAAUUCAGCGUCAUCGAGCCAUAGCGGCGAAAGCGAUGACGGCCAUAAGAAUACUACAACAGAUGCUAACAACACGAGAGGGAGGAGACGAUCGGUACCUCAACGGAUUAUGGGAUGGGUUAAACAUGUGGUGCGACGAUCAGACAAAAAGCGGUGA